GAAUUGCAAGUCUAGAAAGCAUUAACAAGGCAUGUCUGUGAUAUCCCUUAUUUCUAGGCUUCCGAGGGUGUUUGAGAACUAGACAUUCUUCUCUCCGGUUAGAUAGAAAGUAGUUUUUCAACACUUGCUUUUGAGUGCAUCAGCAUUUUUUUUAUUGUCUAAACUUUCGUAAAAGAGAAAUUCACUCUUAACUUAGUCAGCGAAAACGGAGAUCACUCGUCACCAAGCUCCCGUUGUACAAGGUCAUGGUUUUCUCAGCACUAUGUCGCCGCGGUUGCCGGUCGUUGUUGGAUGUUGCGGUGUUGCUCCUGGUGCUUGUCCUGCUGCCCGGGAUCCCUCCUCAUGUCACCUACAGGUCGUAUGAAAUGGACGACCCAAGACCUUUAGAAGGACAUUUAGAGCCCAAUGACAUCCUAGAUGCGGGUGAGAGGAUCCUAGAUGGCAAGAUUGUUGGGCCUGAGUCCGUCGCCUCCAAGAGUGAUGAUGAGAUCUUUGUGAGCUUGCAUGGUGGGAAGAUCCUGCAAAUCUGGGGCAAGAGGUUUGAUCACUUCAAGAUUAUCACCUCCAUUGGCCCUGGCUGUGAUGGACCGUGGCAGGAGAAAAUCUGUGGACGACCUCUUGGUUUGCGUUUUGCUCCUGAUGGCCGGCUGCUGGUGGCUGACGCAUAUCUUGGACUCUUCUCGGUCGAUGUGGAAACAGGUGAAAAAGAACGAUUAUUUGAUCCACUGGAAGAAAUUGAUGGUGCUGCUCCAAAGUUGCUGGACGACCUGGACAUUGAUUCCGAGGGCAACAUUUACUGGUCUGACGCCUCUGCCAAUGCUGACCUUUCUGAUGGCAUAAUAGAGAUGCUGAGUGAUCCAAGUGGCAGGCUUGUCAAAUUCGACCCAAAGACAAAGAAGAACACAGUGCUGAUGAAGAACCUCCACUUUGCCAAUGGGGUUCAGCUAUCACCAGAUCACGACUUCGUUUUGGUGUGCGAAACCUUCCAAAAACGUGUCUGGAGGUACUGGUUGCAAGGUCCCAAAGCUGGAACAUCAGAAAUCUUUGUAGACCGACUGCCUGGCAUGCCAGACAACCUCCGAAAUAAGAACGAAGGUGGAUAUUACGUAUCGCUUGUGGCAGUCAAGUCCCCUGAGGCCUUCGAUGAACUGAAGUUCCUAGCCAAGCUGCCAUGGUUGAGGAAGCUGCUUCUGCGCUUAGUGAAUGUUGCCAAGAUGGUGUUUGAUACCGUGUCUAAGAUCUAUCCCAAUAAGUUUACAGAAGAUGUUUCAUUCAGGAUAUUCAACCUGGAGCCAAUCGCUCAACACAUGGCUUCCAACAAGACAAUCGUAGUGGAACUUGAUGCGGAAGGAAACAUCGAUGGCUCAAUGCAAGGGAACAGCGGCCGUCUCCGCUUCAUCUCUCAGGCAAACAAAAUUGGGGAUAAUAUAUUCUUUGGUUCGCCCUACAACAAGUAUCUUGGCCGGUUGUAUGUCGGGGUGCCUUCCUUGGAGGUGGAGGGGAAGGGCGUCAGGAUGGUGGAAGAAGAGGAUGAGGAUGAGAAGAAGGAGGAGAGAAGGUAGAGGAGGCGGAAGAGAAAGAAGGAGAGAAGGUAGAGGAGGUGGAAGAGA